GCAGCUGCGCACCACCUUUCGCUCAGCUUCCGUCGCACUGAUCUUGCUACUGGGCAAUUUCUUUUGCGAUGGCACGUAUCAUUCAUUGCGCCAGGCACGCGCAAGGCGUCCACAACCUGUCUUACAGCAACCACAACAUCCCAGAUCCAUCGCUUACACCAUACGGGGAGCGCCAGUGUCAUGAAAUUGCGGUAACAUUUCCGUACCAUGAUGAAGUUGAGCUCGUGGUCGCAUCGCCUCUACGACGAACGAUCUGUACCGCGUUAUUAGGAUUCGAGCUAGAAGCGUCCCGAGGCGUCCAGGUCCUGGCCUUGCCCUCGUUACAAGAAGCGAGCAGCUUACCUUGCGACACUGGCAGCGAUUUCGAACCCCUUCAGAAAGAGUUCGAGAAUACUGCAGUGGACCUUGGCCUUGUGGAGGAGGGCUGGCAAGUAAAGACUGACGCAUCACUCACAAGUGCUGCACUCUUUGCUAGAGCCGAGAGAGCUCGUAAAUGGCUUCGGGACAGACCAGAGAACAAUAUUGUUGUGGUCUCGCAUGGCUGCUUCCUACACUUCCUAACUGAUGACUGGAAGGGCUCGUUGAGCGCACAAGCCACCGGGUGGUCUAAUGCCGAGUUCCGUUCAUAUGAACUUUCAAGUGAUGGUGACAGCACCCUACUAAGGGAGACAGCAGAAUCAAAGGAGAGGAGAGGAGUUGCAGCAUGCGAUCAUGAGAGUGAAGAGGAGAGGCUGCUGGAGAGAAAGAAGACGAUUGACAUUUGGUCAACGUGGGGCAUUGUCACUGGUUGAAACAUGGAGUAUGGUAGAAUUAUAUGAUACAUCAAAAGAACAGCACGCUUAUACGCAAUCAG